AUGGAGAUAAUGAUAAAAAUAUCCGUAAUUGCUGCUUUAAUCGCAUGGCCAUGUUCGGGUCAAAUGGUUGCUGAAAAUCGCACACGGAUUGUAGCUUCCCACAAUGAAAUUCGUUCCAAAGUUAAGCCAACAGCAGCAGAUAUGUGGCAAAUGAACUACAACGAGUCUUUGGAAGAAGAGGCUCAAAAUUUGGUUAACUGUUAUGAUGCUGCAGAAAAUCACUUGAACAGGAGUGUAAAUAUCGCAACUGAAACCGAGGUUGUUUGGGCGGCUGCAAGGAACGUAGGAUGUGCAAAUAAAACCUGCGAAAGUCCUAAUGGGAAUUAUAUCGCAAUGCUCUGUAUAUAUGAUGAAGGGUGA